AUGUCUUUCACCCACGCCACAGCCAGAGACGCCCAGCCACACCCCCAGGAAAAGCAAUAUCAAUACAAGCUCCCUACCGGUGGUAAACAACAACAAGCCUUGGCCUCUGGCCUUGUCAUCUUAUUCCAUCAUCGGAGCACUCUUCUUCACGAAACAUGUGGUGGGUGCAACAAAGUGUUCGCUGGUGAGGAGAUCACCCGGCAUCAGAUCGUUUGCCGAGCACCUGUUACCUUCACCUGUGACAAGUGUGACAAGGCUUUUCCACGCAAAGAGUUGCUUCGAAAGCACAAGAGAAACGUACAUCGUCUUUGUGCCUGUGGCGAGCCGCUGAAGAGGGCUCACGAGAGAAUUUGCGAGUUGGCCAGAUCAUCUGGAAACUCGCUCAACGUCAGCCGCCCGACAGCUUCACCGACAGCUUCACCGACAGACACUCAAGCAUACACACACCAGGCGGCGGCGAAGCUGGAAGAAUCCCGACAACUCAUCGAUGAGCUGCUGUCGAAGGGAUCAGCCGGCCUCCGCGAAGGCCACGACGCCAAGAAGUUCGGUUUGAUCCUCCGCGACGCAGAUAUUGGGACUCCCCUAACCGCCGUAGAGUACCUGGCAAAGGUGGACACCAUGAACGGCCCAACGACUCAAUAUGUCCUUUGCUCCAUGGACGAAGCCGAGCUUGUCCUGAGGCAUGGACCCUGCAAGCUCCCUAUACUGGUUCCCGCCGCGAUGAAUACAAACCCAAACCCAAGAUUCGUCGGGCUUCCUUGGUAUCUCAGCUACCUUGAGUCCCAACCUGCUAUCGACGUUCAUGACUUUGGGGCCAUGUAUUCCGAGCAAGGUCAUCAACCGCAGCAGUGGCCAUCCCAAGAUGCUACCCGGCGUUUUCGUGAGCCAGAGCCAGGUGAUUGUGCUAUCAAUCUUCUGAACUUGGCUGGUGUAAAGAAGAACCCUGUUCCGGAAUGCCUGGUCAAUAUACCCGAUUAUCACAUAAUCACCGAUGUUAGUCGAUCUGGCAAUGGAAAGAGGAUGAAGCUCGGUGACCAGCCCCCGAAGAGUGGGAAGAGAAGCAAGGGCAAGGCUGAGGGUGCCAUCCCAAUCGACCUUACCGCUUCAACACAUUUCCAGCUCUUGGCUACUCGAGGUGCUAUGCAUCUUCCACAUGUUGAUCUACAUCACGUUAUCACGACUGCCUUUUGUGAAGAUGGUGAGAAGCUCUGGGUGACGUGGCCAGGUCUUCAUUUGGAAGACCUUAAGAAGUGGCUGGAUACAGGUGUCUACCCGGCCAACGGCAUUGCCCUGUACCUUGAGCAGGGCAGUACCAUGGUACAACCAGGAACCACGCUUCAUGCUCCGCUGUCCCUGACCAAUGUCUUGAUGACGGGGACUAUGCAUUGGCACCCGAAGUCAAUGGUCAGAGUCAUGGAAGCAUCAAGGUUUGAACUGGAGAACCCACACGUCACAAAUGAGGAAAUGUCGGGUGAGUUCAGGGAUAGGGUUCAAGCCAUCCUGGCCGCCUCGGAGGCAAACUCCGGUCCUUGGACAUGUCUCUCGAAAGAUGAACUGGCCAAGUGUAAACAAGAAUUGACGUACUUCCACGGAGGUUGUCCAUGCACGAUAUCGUGUCAAAACUGUCGUUGCAAGAAACGCGGUGGCUGCGACAACCAGUGUCACCACGGUGAAGGAUGUCCUGGGGGAUAG